AUGAAACCUAGUUUCUCACCCAUUUUUUAUUUCCUCAGUUUGCAGCUUGCAGUGGUGGCCAUCCAUGGUGGUGCUUUACCUCCUGAAGUUUACUGGAAGUCGGUGCUUCCUACUACGCCAAUCCCAAAAGCCAUCACUCAGAGCCUUUACUCUGUCUGGCUUGAGAUAAUAAACGUCAAUAUUCACGACUUUGCAGAUUGGGUGGAAGAAAAAAGCACAGCAGUGAACGUUGGAAAGGGAGGCGUAAACGUGAAUGCAGGAAAAGGAGGUGGCACCAAUGUCAACGUUGGAAAGGGAGGGGUAAACGUGAAUACAGGAAAAGGAGGUGGCACCAAUGUCAACGUUGGAGGAAAAGGUAGAGGAGUUUCAGUGAAUACAGGCCACAAGGGAAAGCCUGUGCAUGUUGCAGUAUCGCCAUUUUUAUACAACUACGCUGCCACCGAGACCCAAUUACACGAUGACACAAAGGUGGCACUCUUCUUCUUGGAAAAGGACUUGCAUUACGGAACAAAGUUGGAUGCGCAGUUCACUACAACUUCCAAUCAAGCCACCUUCUUGCCACGCCAAGUUGCGGAUUCAAUACCCUUUUCAUCCAACAAGGUGGACGAUGUGUUCACCAAGUUUUCCAUCAAACCCGGGUCGGAGGAGGCUCAUAUCGUCAAGAACACUCUUAGUGAAUGUGAAGAGACUAGUGUCAGAGGUGAGGAAAAGUACUGCGCCACUUCACUUGAGUCCAUGGUUGAUUUCAGCACUUCCAAGCUUGGAAAAAACGUUGAGGUUGUGUCCACAGAAGUGGACAAAGAAACGGGGUUGCAGCAAUACACCAUAGCACCGGGAGUGAAGAAGAUAUCAGGGGACAAGGCUGUUGUGUGCCACAAGCAGAAUUACCCUUAUGCUGUUUUUUACUGCCACAAAACUGACACCACUAGAACUUACUCCGUGCCUUUGGAGGGUGCCGAUGGGAUCAGAGUUAAAGCAGUGGCAGUGUGCCACACUGACACAUCACAAUGGAACCCCAAACAUUUGGCCUUUCAAGUGCUCAAGGUUAAGCCAGGAACUGUUCCUGUCUGCCACUUCCUUCCUCAGGAUCAUGUUGUUUGGGUUCAAAAGUAG